AUGGCUCGUGAGGCAAGAGCAGCGGCGAGCGGAGGCAGCUGCGAGCAGCGGCGAGCGGAGGCGGCUGCGAGAAGCGGCGAGAGGAGGCGGCUGCGAGCAGCGGCGAGCGGAGGCGGCUGCGAGCAGCGGCGAGCGGAGGCAUCUGCGAGCAGCGACAAGCGGAGGCGGCUGCGAGCAAUGGCAAGCAACAGGGGCGAGCAUCAAAGAAGGAGAAAGCCUCGCCUUCGUCUUCGAAGUCAGCCAAAUUUAGGGGAGGCAAGCAGAAGAAGAAGGUGUGAAUCAUUUUCUCUUGUAAAAGUUUUGACUUUUCCAAUUUUUUCAUCUUUAGUGGUGCAUAAAUGGGUUAGGACUGGCACACAGUUGAACUUUUCGCUUGUAAAUGUUGCUGGUAAUGACAUUGUCCAAGGAAAUAAGAAGCUUAUUCUGGGUUCCAUUGGGGAAGUGCCAAUUCUCUUGGUGAAGCCACAAUCCUACAUGAACUACAGCGGAGAAUCGGUAGGGCCACUUGCUGCAUAUUAUCAAGUGCCAUUACGGCAUAUUUUACUUAUGUAUGACGAAAUGAGUUUGCCCAAUGGUGUUUUGAGGGUUUAGCGAAAAGGCGGUCAUGGACAUCACCAUGGAUUCUCCGAAUGCCUCCUGAAGCUGUCGAUCUUGUAUCUAGACUUCUACAAUACUCUCCAAACCUGAGAUGCACUGCUGUGAUGAGUUUAGCCAUUCCUUAAAUUUGCACUAGAUACUACGACUCGUGCAUCUGCUGAGUUCUUUACUUUAGUACAGUUGGAAGCACUAGUUCAUCCAUUCUUUGAUGAGCACUAGUUGUUUGACAGACCAGUUUAAAGCCGCAUCCACUUGUUUAGAUCUAAGAUGGACUACUCCACCGAGGUUGGUGAGUUGGCUAGCAUCUGAAUUAAGGAUUUGUCAGAGUUAUUUGACACGAGGAUCGGAGUUAACUUGAGGAUCGGAGACGGCCACUGAGGACUUAACUAAUUUUAUGGAAUGAAAAGUGUGCCAUGAUGAAUUUACAAUUUCUAAUUCAUGAAGUGUCAUUUGUGCGACGGGGUUGCAUGCAACUGGAGUUCGGACUACGUUGAACUCUGUUUUUUAAUUUGUUGUGUUAGAUUUUGUAGUUUAAAAGAUGUAAUCUUGCAUCCUGUAUAAUUAUACUCGAGUUGUUUCAAUCCAAAUUCUUUAAUUGUUAGGUGCUA